GAACACCAGUUUAUAGUUUCUAAUUUUAUAUGUCCACCAAAUUUGAUUUAAAAUGUUGUUAAUUCUAUCACAAGAACACAAAGAGCAUCUAGGAUUUCUUAGUGAUCUGCAAGUAGAGGUUGCUCAAGAAUUUUGCAGAAUAUCUUUGGAAUAUAUUUUAAAAGGAUCCAACCCUAAAAUUUAUCAAGCUGCAGCUCAAAAACUUGGGGUUCAAGUCAAUCAAGUGAAACAAGCUGUUGAAGGAUUGGUUUAUCUUUUUAAUGAAAGCUCUCGUCUUAUGAUUGGAGAAAUUGAUUUUCAAGAUUCAGUUAUGACAUUAGGUUUUUCUGAAGAACUUAACAAACUCUUGCUUCAGCUUUACCUGGAAAAUAGAAAUGAAAUAAGAAAACUGCUAGGGGAACUGUCAUUGGAACAACCACAUUACCAUAAUUUAGAAUGGCGAUUUGAUGUACAGCUUGCAAGUCGAUCUCUUCACCACCAAACCGAACCGCAAAUUCUUCUGAAACUACACACGAAACGCAAAGAUGUUCAAGACUUGAAGAUAUUCCAAACCGAUCCAGUAAAUCUUGUUCAUUUAACAUCGGAAUUAGAGAACGCUCUGGCUGAAAUGAAGACCGCUCAUUGCCGAAGAAUUCUGAGAAAUAUUAAAUAAUGUAAUGACAAUAUUUUAUAGAAUUUUGAAUGCAAUUGAAAACUAAAUCAUGCGACGUCGCCUCGAAUCAAUGUAAAUAAUAAAAUUGUUAUAGUUUCCUUCGGCUGAAUCCUUGUCAAUCGUCUGCACUUAAUGACGUUUUGUGAGAUAUAAGAGGAAAACUCGAAUAAGGCCUGCUGGCCUAGGUUAU